ACAUUUUCGUUAAGUAGCCAGAUUUUUCAGGUGUUCUUGGAAAACCGGGAAGGAAUUAACAAUAAUAGUCCAUUCAGUGGAGACAGAUGAGGAUCUGGAAUAGUGAUAAUUCUCACAAGAUCAAGCUACAAUGAAUGAAGAGAGCAUGGACAACACAGCCACAACAGAGAGUAGAGAGAAUCGUGUGUCAAGAAAAGCUGAGCUUGGAAGAGAAAAAAUGGUACGGAAACAUGUACAGCAUAUCUUUGACAGACUUCAUCUUGAAGAAAACCAUGACAAUAAUCUGAGUGCUGCAGAUGUUCUUCAGAUAACUGAACAUUCGUUACAGUCCCAAGAGUCUUGUGCUGAAGAGGAACUGAUUCAGACUUUCCUACAAAAACUACUGAUGAUGAACUACAGAGCAAGAUGCAUUAAUGUUAAAGAGAACAAUGAACAGGAUCGCACACAACAAAGAGGCAAUGACUCAUCUGAAGAUGACGGUGAUAUUUUUGAUGACAUGUCUUUGUCUAAUGAACAAAGUACUCAGUCUGAGCGAAUCCACCCAAUGGAUGUUCAGAUGGCCGUGUUUCAUUGUGCUGAUGGUUUUCUGAAGCAGCUGAUGGUCACUAAACUGUCCCAGUGUCAGUACGCUCUCCCUCUGCUUGUUCCUGAUCCAGACACACAACAGAUUAAGUUUCCUUACUGGACAUUCAGACAAAUCAACAAGAGUUGGAAGAUGAAGAACACCAACAAUGAGAUCAUCAGUCAAACCCAGUCGAUCUACAAGGCAAAAUCUCAAAUGGUGUGUUUCUUCAGGUUUGGCUCUGUUUCCUCAUCCAAGUCUCAUCUGAUGAACAGUCUGAUCAAUGAGAAACACAACACGUUCUUCCACAGGAACUGUCCAGGCAGCAGCAGAACCAGAGUCCUGAUGGAUGGAGUGGUGGAGAUCGCCUGGUUCUGCCCCUCUGGGAAAAACACGGAUAAAUUCAUGGACUAUGUUGUGUUCUGUAAUCUACACGGUGAUGCAGGAGAUCAUGAGAAACAGAUGCAGAUCCUCACUGAAAUGGCCUCAGUCAAUGUUGUUCUUCUACCACGACUUCAAAGGACUGCCAAACAUGCAGCAAAGAUCCAAAACCUGUACAAGGACAAAAAGCCACUCAUUUGUCUUUUUACUGAGGAUGAAUCUGCUGUGACUGAGACGAAGAAAGGGAAAUUCAAAAUUGGCCUGAAGGACAGAAAUCAGUCAGAUGUUUCUGAAGAACUCAGAAGAACUAUAAAUGAUUGUCUCUCAGAAUCAUCUUCCACUUUCAGACUUGAAGAUUUGUCCAAACACUCAGACAUCAGAGUAGAUGAGGAAGAAGACUGCAGGAGAGGAAGAGAAGCAGCACAGCAGAUGAUGAGUUUACUGGAGAAAAAAAAUCUGACAGAAAUCAAAGACUCAUUUCUUCCUCAUCAGGGGAAACUGUGGCAUCAGUGGAGUCAGAACAACAAAGAACUACAUCGACCUCAAGGAGAAAAGACCGAAAUGGACAUCAGUAUAAAACAAAUGGAUUUACAGAAAAUCCGUGAACUGCAACAUGAAUCUAAUAUCAGUGAGUUCAUGAAGCUCUUUUUUAAAAAUCACUCUAAUGCUGCAAAUAAUUUGUUUUUCCUUAAAUGGCUGGGAAUCCUCCUGGAUGAAUAUACAUCAGCUGACCUAUCUGAUCUACAUCAGAAGUAUGAUGAAAAGUGGUCAUCAGUUGUAAAACUGAAAGAGGAUCAUGCUAAACCUGAAAAACUGAAAGCUGAACAAGCAGAACUUGAGAGAAUAUCUGAGGAUCUUCAAGCUGCAUCCUUUGGUUUGGAGCACAUCAUGAGGGAGAUCGGUCAGAUCUAUGAAUCAUGUUCAUCUGUGAAGAAGGACAAGAAAGAUCUGCAGUUUCACUUCUCUUCUCUCCCGAGUCUUGCAGCAGAGAUGAUGAUCUCUGGAUUUCCACUGGAGCUGAUGGAUGGAGAUGCUGCUCAUGUUCCUCUGGUCUGGAUCUCUGCUGUUAUAAAUGAACUCAUCCAGAAACUGGGAGACCAAAGAGUCUUUGUGCUGUCAGUUUUAGGGCUUCAGAGCUCUGGGAAAUCCACCAUGCUGAACGCCAUGUUUGGACUCCAGUUUGCCGUCAGUGCUGGCAGGUGCACCAGAGGAGCUUUCAUGCAGCUGAUCAAAGUCUCAGAUGAGAUGAAGACACGGAUGAACUUUGACUAUAUUCUGGUUGUUGAUACCGAGGGUCUUCGUGCUCUAGAACUGACUGGAAGUUCAACAAGACAUCAUGACAAUGAACUGGCCACAUUUGUUGUUGGUCUUGGAAAUCUUACCUUGAUCAACAUCUUUGGAGAAAACCCAGUUGAGAUGCAGGACAUUCUUCAGAUUGUUGUUCAGGCCUUCAUGAGGAUGAAGAAGGUCAGACUGAAUCCCAGCUGUGUGUUUGUGCAUCAGAACGUCUCAGACGUCACAGCUGGAGAGAAAAACAUGGAGGGAAGGAGACGACUUCAGAAGACACUGGAUGAUAUGACAAAACUCGCUGCUAAAGAGGAAGUCUGUGAUGCAGAAUGUUUCAGUGAUGUCAUUAGAUUUGAUGUACAGAAUGAUGUGAAGUAUUUUGCUCAGCUCUGGGAAGGAAGCCCACCGAUGGCACCACCAAACCCAAACUACUGCGAGAACAUUCAAGAGCUAAAAGAAUAUAUUCUUUCAAAUACUGCAAAAUCAAAUGGAAUGAUUCUGACAAAUCUAAAAACUCAUAUUAAAGAUCUCUGGGAGGCUUUACUGGAUGAACAAUUUGUCUUCAGCUUCAGAAAUUCUCUGGAGAUUUCAGCCUACAAGAAACUGGAGACCGAAUAUAGCAAGUGGACCUGGAGUCUUCGCAGAGCCAUGAAGGAAACUGAGAACAAACUACACAACAAAAUAGAAAAUGAAACAAUUCAUAGGGUUGAGGAAACUGAUCUUCAAAGAGAACUGAAGACGGCAAGUGAAGAUGUGGAAAAAUCAAUGUCUGAAUUCUUUGAGAAAGACAGAGAUAAAGAUAUACUGAUUCAGUGGAAAACAUCAUUUGAAAUCAAAAUCAAGGAGCUUGAGGAAAACAUUGUGAGAGAAACCAAGAGGAAAUUAAAUGAGGUUCUUCAGCAGCGAGACCUGAAGAAAAAGAUUGAUGUUCAGAGGACACAUCAUGAAAACACUCUCUAUGAAAAGAGCAUAGAACUUGCCUUAAAACUGAAACAUAAAGCAAAUGAUAAAGAAACACUGAAGAAAGAGUUUGAUUUGUUUUGGAAACAGAGUAUUAAGAAGAUCAUCUCAGACACUCCUCCAAUCAAAGACAUUGAUAUAAUGAGAGAUGUGAGAGAGAUCCUCAGAGACACCAAUAAAAGUGUUUCUGUAGACCUCUGGAAUGAGAGCAGUGAGUGCAGGGAUAUCUUCUUUGUGUCCAGUUAUGCAGACUAUCUACAGUUAAAGAAAACCAGUGGAUUUAAAGAAACUUUCAACAGAGUAACAAAAGAUAUGUUUGGUCGUGCUCUACCUAAAGAGUUUGACACCCAAGUGAAAACAUUUGUCACAGAUGUUGAUCAGCAAACAGAAAAAAUUAUUCAGCCAUAUAACAUUUCAAAGAUGGGCUACAACAAGAGCUGCAUUCAAGAACUCAUAGAUUAUAUCAAGAGAAGAGUAACUGAACAUCAGGACGGACCAGGUCUGUAUGUGUUCAAAAAUGAAUUCUUCAUGGAUUUGGUUCUUUCCAUCUGUAAGAGAGCAAACACGAUUAUCACUGACCAACACAAAUUGUUCAAGGAAGCCAAUGAUCCUGUUAUAUAUCUUGAGAAGAAGAGAAAAGGGAACUAUAAUAUUUUCCAGAAAUAUUGUCAUGAAGCAUCAUCAGUGGCCAUUUUUGGUCAGAUCAUCUGUCAGAAACUGAAAGAGCCCAUUGAGCAGAGUGUCUACAAGAAGAUUGCCAGAUAUCUGGCAGAUGAAAUGAGAUCAAACUGUUCAUCACUGAAUGGAAACAGAUCAAAACUGGAGAAAUACAUCCUGAAGACACUGGCAGAAGAGGAGGAUUUUGACAAAUACAUGAACUACAUUCAUAAUCCCAGAGAUCAUCUCAAGAGUUUCAUCAGAGAUGAAGUCAGUCGGUACAUCACUGAUAAGUUCAGUGUCAGUGUUUUACCCAAGAUGGAGAAGAACAUUGAACUCCUGCAGCAGAAGAUCGUGGAAGCUGCACAUGAAUCUACUAAACAUGUUCAAGAGAAUGAAGGAGAUGCUGGUUUGUGGUUGAAGAGCUUCACACAGCGGCUCUCAGAUGUGCUGAUCUUCUCUGUAAAAGACCUCAGUGGAGUGAAACAUUAUGAUGUUGAUGUGAAAUUCCUAGAAGAUGUGAUAAGACAAGAACUUACUGUCACAAUAUCUGAUAUCAAUAAAGAGUUGAACACAGAUACACUUGACAAAAAUCUAAACUGUGAGUUCAGACCAGAAGAGAUUUUGAUUGAUCACUUGUGUCAGUGCUGUUGGGCUCAGUGUCCGUUCUGUGGAACCGUCUGCACCAACACCGUACCAAACCAUGAUGGAGAUCACAGCGUUCCUUUGCACAGAGUGACAGGUCUCAAAGGCUGCCAUUAUAGAAAUGUACAUCUCAGUGCUGAUUUUUGCACAACUUUAGUGGCAAGUAAAAACAGAUUUAAUGUAUCAAAUAAGUGGGUUUCUCUUAAAAAAUACAAAAAAGCAGGAGGAGUCUAUGCAGACUGGAAAAUAACCCCUGACCUCUCUCAGCUGCCUUACUGGAAGUGGUUUGUGUGCCGAUUCCAGAAAGACAUAGAAAAUCACCACAAUAAAACAUUUGAGGGAAGUGGAAAGAUCCCACAAGAAUGGAGAAAAUGCACAAAACAGGAUGCUAUCAAGAGUUUGGAUGAAAGCUUUAAAAUAAGUACACGACUGUAAAAUACAGAAAUUGUGUGUAGGGUAUAUGAUCCAUUUGAAAUAGCCUACUUAAUGGAGAACUCUGGCGCAAAAUGAACCUUUGGUCUAAUAAAACAUUGGUACCUAGUCAACCAUUCAGUAAAAUUUGU